CACGAUUUAUCUAUAAAUAAGAAAGUUGCGUUGGAUUAUUUCUCUUACUUUUAAAAAAAUGUCUUCAUUUUGCUCCAAAUCUCCCGCCAUUUCCAACUGUUCAAACGAUGAAUAUUCUAAUUCGAGUCUUCCAGUUCGAGAAAUCCCAGGUGACUAUGGUUUCCCAUUCUUGGGAGCCAUUAAAGAUAGAUAUGACUAUUUCUACAACCUCGGAACAGACGAAUUCUUCCGUACAAAAUCUCAAAAAUAUAAUUCUACUGUAUUCAAAACGAACAUGCCACCAGGUCCAUUCAUCGCUAAAAACUCCAAAGUCAUCGCUCUUCUUGAUUCCAAAACAUUUCCCAUACUUUUCGACAAUUCAAAAGUCGAAAAAAAGAACGUUCUUGAUGGCACCUACAUGCCAUCAACUGAUUUCUUUGGUGGAUAUCGUCCUUGUGCAUUUCUCGAUCCAUCGGAACCAAAACAUGCAAGACUUAAAGGGUUCUAUUUAUCUAUAAUCUCAAAAUAUCAUACACAAUCCAUUCCUAUAUUUGAAACCUCUGUUUCUGCCCUGUUUCAAAAUCUUGAAAAUGAAAUUUCUAAAAAUGGAAAAGCGAAUUUCAACGACAUUAGCGAUGCAAUGUCGUUUGAUUUUGUUUUUCGUUUGUUGUGUGAUAAGACAACAAGAAAUGUUGGACCAAAAUAUUUUGAUAAAUGGAUGUUGCCUCAGUUGGUUCCAUUGGUUACUCUUGGGCUAAAAUUUGUGCCUAAUUUUCUGGAAGAUUUAAUAUUGCAUACUUUUCCAUUACCGUUUUGUUUAGUGAAAUCGAAUUACCAGAAGCUUUACGAUGCUUUUAGCGAGCAUGCUGGAAGUAUACUGAAUGAAAUUGAGAAGAGUGGGAUCAAGAGAGAUGAAGCUUGCCACAACUUAGUUUUUCUUGCAGGGUUCAAUGCUUAUGGUGGGAUGAAAGUUUUGUUUCCAUCACUGAUCAAGUGGGUCGCCAGUGUAGGUAAGAGUUUACACCCUCGGCUAGCAAAUGAAAUCAGGACGAUCAUCAAGGAAGAAGGUGGGUCCAUCACUCUAUCAGCAAUCAACAAGAUGAGUUUGGUUAAAUCAACGGUGUAUGAAGUGUUGAGAAUUGAACCACCAAUUCCGUUCCAGUACGGUAAGGCCAAAGAAGAUAUCAUGGUCCAAAGUCAUGAUUCAAAUUUUUUGAUUAAAAAAGGUGAAAUGAUAUUUGGAUAUCAAACAUUUGCAACAAAAGAUGCAAAGAUAUUUGAAAAUCCAGAAGAGUUUAUUGCAGAGAGAUUUAUGGGCAGUGAAGGAGAAAAAUUGUUAAAAUAUGUUUAUUGGUCAAAUGCAAGAGAGACCGAUGAUCCAACGGUCGAUAACAAACAAUGCCCCGCGAAAGAUCUGGUCGUGCUGUUGUGCAGGUUGUUGUUGGUGGAAUUUUUCAUGCGUUACGACACAUUUACUGUGGAGUCAAGAAAAUACUUAGCUGGAUCAUCAGUAACGUUCAAGACUCUGGACAAAAAAACGACAUGAAUUAUUCGAUCU